AUGGGCGCGGAGGGACCCGAAUCCUCCUAUGCUGCCUGGGAAUUCCCCGGGGAAACACCAAUUCCUUUCCUCCACUCUUUCAACCUGCCCCCUAGUGAGUCUAUGACUCUAUGCCCAUCUGGUCUCCGGCGCCCAUACCCCCCGAAAACGAAGCAAGAAGCAACAACAUCGACACAGUGGCAGCUUUCAUUAGAAUGGCGCUCACUAGUACCAAUGCAUGUCAAGUUCUUCCGAAGCGUAAACCAGAUGAUCUCUCGUGCGCAUCACCGUUCAUUGGGCUUGACUCUUGACUCAAGAGUCAAGAGUCACUUCAGGCCCGUGUCAUUUGGGACUCGUGGCGGAUGUGCACUGUUAGACUGUGUUAUUUCCCUUCUUGGGGUCCAGGGCUUGAUCCACCUAACCUGGAUGGUAGCGUUUUCGAAGUGGGACACGAGAAACCGGAUUUUGGGCCGAGAUGGUUAG